AUGUCCAAGAGAGCACAGUUGUUGGAAAAUGAAGCUAAAAUUAGAGCACUCUGGCAGGAAACAAAGGUCUUUGAAGCUAACCUUCCAAGUAACCGGAACAAAGAUAAGUACUUUUGCACCUUCCCAUUCCCGUAUAUGAAUGGAAGGUUACAUAUAGGACACGCAUUUAGUGUAUCUAAAGCUGAGUUCCAAGCUAGGUUUCAGAGAACACAAGGGAAAGCCGUAUUAUGGCCAUUUGGAUUACACUGUACAGGAAUGCCAAUUAUGGCAUGUGCAGACAAAAUUAAAAAGGAACUGAACGAGUCAAACCUUGGAUUGUUAAAUAACCACAAAAAUACUGUAAAUGAACAUGAAAACCAUGAAGAAUCUAACUUCAAAGAUGUUACUAAAUUCACUUCUUCAAGGUCUAAAUUAAAGGCUAAAUCGGGAUCUAACAUGACUCAAAUAGAGAUCAUGAAACAGAUGAACAUAAGUGAUGAUGAGAUUCCAAAGUUUGCAGAGCCAGACCAUUGGCUUACAUACUUUUCUCCACUAGCAAUACAGGAUAUGAAGCUUUUAGGUUUAUCAGUGGACUGGCGUCGUUCCUUUAUAACAACUGCAAGGAAUCCAUACUUUAACUUGUUUGUUGAGUGGCAAUUUGAUAGGCUUAAGAAACUAAAUAAGCUUUUGUAUGGUUGUAGGCCAUCGAUUCUUAGCAGAAUAACAAUGCAGCCAUGCGCAGAUCAUGACCGUUCUGAAGGAGAAGGGGCAACAGCUCAGGAGUACACAGUAGUAAAGAUGAAACUGGAUACUAAAUUUAGGAACCCAUUUACGAAUUUUACUGAUGAGUACGAAAAUCAUAAACAUAAAUUGAUGGAAAAGAAUGUAUAUUUAUUAGCUGCAACAUUGAGACCAGAGACAUUUUAUGGUCAGACAAACCUUUUCGUAUUACCGGAGGGAGAAUAUGAAGCGUUUUUAGGAUAUGAAUCUCCCAGACUUACAUUCAACUCUGUUGGAGUAGUAGAAAACAAGUUACCACUAAACAAAGCUUUGGAAGAUUCGGAGUGUGUAUACCUUACUUCACGUAGAUCUGCAACAAAUUUAAUACAUCAGGGUCUAGUAAUGCUGAAUGAGAAUGAUGAACUGUUUAGUGUACAUAAGUUCAGUGGCAUGAAUUUGAUAGGUUUGAGUGUUACAACGCCAUUAAGUGUUUAUAAAUCAGUUUAUGUAGUUCCAAUGUUAACUGCAAACAUGAACAAGGGUACUGGAAUAGUUGCUUGCGUUCCUUCAGACUCACCAGACGAUUACGUUGUUUUGACAGAACUGAGGCGGAAAAUUAACUACUUCAAUGAGAAAUAUAAUGUGGUUGAGGAGUAUCUUAAACAUGACCCUUUUCCAAUAAUUGAAGUGCCAGAAUAUGGCACAUGUAUGGCUGAAAAACUUUGUAAUGAAAACAACGUGACCUCUUCUAAAGAUGUUAAAUUAGAACAAUUGAAAGAAUUGAUAUACAAAAAAGGGUUUUAUACCGGUGUUAUUAAAUAUGGUAAAUAUAAAGAUCAAAAGGUAUUGGAUGUGAAGAAUAAAAUUAGAGAUGAGUUAGUGGAGAAUAAGCAAGCAUUUGUAUAUUAUGAGCCUUCUAAAAGAGUAGUUAGUAGAUUAGGAGAUGAGUGUGUAGUUGGUAUAUGUAACCAAUGGUACACCAAAUUCGGAGAUAAACAGUGGAAACAAAAUAUAUUAAACUUUGUAACAUCAAAUAAUUUCACCUGUUAUAAUGAAUCAACUUAUAAUCAACUUAUUAACAUUAUUCAAUGGUUGGAUAAUUGGGCAUGUAGUAGAUCAUAUGGUUUGGGAACAUUAUUACCAUGGGAAAAUAUAAAGAAUAAUAAGAAUAUUCUAAUUGAGAGUUUAUCCGACAGUACAAUAUAUAUGGCAUAUUAUACAAUAGCACAUUAUUUACAGUCUGACAUUUUCGGCACGAAUCCAGGACUAUUAAAUUUAUCCUCAAAACAGUUAAAUUAUUCACUCUUCGAUUAUAUAUUCAAUAUAAAUGAUAAGGUUCCCAAAUUAAAUGAAGGUAAUUUGGAAAAUCACACUGAAUCUGGAGUUAUGGAGAAAGUUAAUGCCAUGAGAGAAGAGUUUAAUUAUUGGUACCCAGUGAAUGUACGCUGCAGUGGUAAGGAUUUACUAUUUAAUCAUCUGACUAUGAGUUUGUUCAUACAUGAUGCAAUUUGGGACUCUGAUGAGUAUAUGCCAAGGUCAUAUUUUUGUAAUGGGCAUGUUCUGGUAAAUUCGGAGAAAAUGAGUAAAUCGAAGGGGAACUUCUUAACAAUUGAAGAGUCAAUUAACCAAUAUACAGCAGAUGGUACAAGAAUAGCCUUAGCUGAUGCUGGUGAUACAUUAGAUGAUGCCAAUUUCUCAAAAGAUACAGCCGAAUCUUCUAUACUCAAGUUAUACAAUUUCCUUCAAACUACUAUACAAGACUUAAAUCCACCAAAUGAUACUGAGCCAGUUAAUUCUGAAAUGCCUAACCAAAAGUUAGAUGAUGUUUUACUAAAAUUAAAUAUGCUAGAAUUGGACAACAAAACCAAUCCAAAUCAUUUGGAUAACAAAAUCAACACACACCAAUUCGAUAACAGAAUUGUUGUGGAUGAAUUGGAGUAUAUAAAUAAGUUGAUAGAGAUGGGUGAUUUGUAUUACUUUAGUAAAGUUGUGUUUGAAAAUGAGUUAAAAUACUUGACUGACAUGGCAAAGAAGGCUUAUGAAAACUUCAUUUACCGUGAUGCAUUAAAGGCUGUAUUCUAUGACUACAUCACCGUUAGACUAGAUUAUAUACAACUUUCAAAUAAUAACAUAAAUUACAAUACUCUCCUCAACUACUACAGAAUAUUUUGUGUAAUAGCAAACCCGAUAAUUCCCUAUAUAUGUGAGUAUAUAUGGAAUUAUAUAUUAAAGGAGAAGGAACCCUUGAGUGACCAGUUAUGGCCAAGUUUCAAGUACAACACGAAUGGGAACUUACACAUAUUAUUGAAGCUGCUGUAUAGAAAUAUUGAAGAGUUUAGGAAAAUUAAAGAUAAAUCAUUAUCUGGUAAACAGAAACAUAAACAAGCUAAUGAAACAGUAUAUGCCAAGGCUAAAAUAUACAUUUCAGUUGAUUAUCCCGAGAAUAUACGGAAUGUGUUGACACUAAUGAAUAAUAUGAAUAUACUGGAGACUGGCAUGAAUGAAAGGGAAGUUUUAAAGCUACUGAAUGAGGACGAGUCAGUGAAACGACUUGAUAAGAGGGAAAAGAAUUCGAUACUUUCAUUCGCUUCAUAUCAGUUAAAACAGCUCAAUUUGCUUGGAAAUACGACUUUUCAGCUAAGACUACCCUAUGACGAAUUUAAGCUAUAUAAACUAUUGGUUCCAUAUCUAAAACUAACACUAUCACUGGAGGGUAAGGGUAUAAUCUACACAUAUUGUUUAGAUGUUAUGGUAUUGUAUGAGGAAGGCGAUACGUCGAAUGAAAUGAAACAACUUCCAUUACCUGGGAGGCCAUCAAUAUUAUUCUAUUAA